AACAAUGCCACAUGCUACUUCUUGUUGAUUUCCAGUUAGGAGAAGUAGCACAGAAGAUCCGGGGAAACCACGAACAGGAAUGGAUGGCAAGGCGCGUUUGUUGAUCAUAAAAUAGCACGAUAAAUAUUACAAUAUUACGUAAGCCACGAACAUCAAUCAUAGGCAAGUCGAGAACAACAAUAACAGGCAAGCAACGAACAGCAAGUCAAGAGCAGCAGUCACGGGCAGGCAACGAACAGCAAUCACGGGCAACCUGAGAACAAUAAUCGCAAGCAAGUGCAAGGCGUGAACAGAAACUACGCACUGGAUUUUUUCCUUCCAAUCAAUAACGAUGAGACUAAAACGUAAUUUAAAAUGGAUGUGCUAUUGCCUCGGCGUAUGCGUUUGUCUGUAUUGGGGAAUUGGAUUAUCAAGAACCAAGGAUGACUCUUUAACCCCAACUGACCACACAGCUCAGCACACUGUGCUGGAACAACCCAAACAUCAACAGACAGGCUUGAAUAACAAACCGUCCGGAUUAGUUGGUUUAAAGCAAUCAGAGGUGCCUACCAAAAAUGUGAAACCAUUUCAUGAAGAAGCCAAACAGAUAAAUGAACAUGACAAGCACAUGUCCAGGGGCUAUUCUUUGCCACCAGCGUUAUUGAAUGGGACAGACAUGAAUCCGAAGAUAAUGGCCUUCUUAACAAUGAACGCAUCUGAUCACAGAGAUCGGUAUAUAAAUCUGCACCAAUUUAUGUACUCCCUUAACACCAGUGUUUGUUCAAAUACAAACGUAUUCUUGAUGUUAGUAAUACAUUCAGCUACGGGGAAUGCAAGGAAGAGAGAACGUAUUCGAAAAACAUACGGCUCAGUGGCCAAAUACAAGGGCAGGAAACUGGCCCAUGUUUUCAUGUUGGGAACAUCUAAUAACGACAGGGUCCAAAACUCAAUCAUCAACGAGAGCAAGCUUUAUGGAGAUAUUGUCCAAGGAAACUUUCCUGAUAUUUACACAAGCUUACCUCGGAAGCAUAUUAUGUCAAUGGAUUGGUAUUUACGCCACUGUAAUUCCUCAUAUAUAUUAAAGCUGGACGACGAUGUUUUCAUCAAUCCUUACCGUGUUGUUGACUUUCUUACUGGUGGUCACCUUGACCAGAGGACAAUGUACUGCACAAAAAUCACAGGACGUGGUCCAGUGAGGGGUUCAAAGUAUAAAAGCUACGUUUCUUACGAAGAAUACCCUUUUGAUAUCUACCCUUCAUUUUGUUUAGGAUAUGCAUACAUCACGACUCCCGGAGUUUGGCACUUGAUGCAUGAAGUAUCAAAGAACAGCAAAUCUCUGCGUAUGGAUGACGUUUUCGUUAGUACUGCGCUGGCAAUGAAAGCUGGAGUACAAAAAGUAGACUUUGGCAAAAUAAUUUUCGAUUGUCGGUUUCACAUGAAGGACCUGAAUAAAGAGACACUUCAAAAGAAGGCAAUAGUCAUGGACAGGGCAUACGUUUGUGGCCACCAACCUUUUACCUACUGGGAUCUUAUAAAGGAAGACUAAGACUCACGAAGAACGAGUAAUGGUUCUAACAAAUGCCAGAUCUCAUUUUACUGUUUGUACAUUCCAGUGGAGCGAAUUGCUAGAUUACUUAUUUACUUUGCGAAAACAAAACCACACCUGUCGUGCUAAAGCAAAUUAUGCUGUGCAGUUUAGUUAACUUAGUGUCUUUAUUAAAACUCUGAGAGGGAGCCAGUUACAUGACGAAGGGAUUCUUAUGAUAUCAUCAAACCUUGACGAUGUUGCAGGUAUGUUGCUUUCCCUACCGACAAAGGCAGUGUAAUUUGUUCGGCCUCAUAUAUUCUUCUUAUAUACUGAACAACAAAAGUUCCUGUGACAUUGAAAAGUAUUUAAUGCAAUGUUAUGUUUUUUACCAAAUCUGAAACAAUUUCGGUUUGCAACAGAUAAACGACUUCUGUAAGUG